CCGCUCGACCACGCUGCACCUCACCUCAUAAUGCCGCCCUACCCCGCGGCCCCGUUCCCCUCGCAAGCAGACACCUCGUCCGUGAACACCGCGCCGCCCGUCCCCGCGCAGCAGGGCCACGCGCCGAGCACCGCGCAUCCUCCCAGUCCAGGCACAGCUUCGAAUACAAACGCGUCUGCAAACGCAAACACGAAUACACCCGCAAACGCGAAUGCACAUCUAGCCUCGCAUUCAAGCAUAAACGCGAAUUCGAAUACACACACGCAUUCAAGCACAAACACGCCCCCGCGCCCGCGCCCCCAGCCCGCGGCAACCGCAUCCACUUCCGCGUCCGCGUCCGCGUCUGCGUCUGCGACCGCGUCUUUCACACCAGCCCAGCGCAGUGCGCAGGCGAGGGGCAAGCCGUUCCAGAACACCCCCCACAACAGCCCAUCAAGCGCCACAGCACCCACCACCCACCUCCCCUUGCCGCACGCGCAGCAAGCGCAGCAGCAGGCAGCGCAGCACGCCCAACGCACCGCCCUCCUGCACACGCACGCGCGCUCCACCGCCGAAAAAGCCGCCACAGACUUCCAAACACGCCAGAACAGGCAUGAAGCAGCCGCGAUCCUGGACUCCACGGAGAUGCUGAUUUGGUACGCGGCGGCGCGGGGCGAGAGCGUCGCGCAGACGCGCAGGUGGUGUGAGGGGGUUGUGCUGGGGUGUGAUGGCGGGGGAUGGGGGAGGGAGCGGGUGUGGGGGGAGGAGUGGGAUGUUGAUUUGGAUAGGCGGCGGGGGAAGGGGAAGGGGAGGGGGAAGGGGAGGGGGGCUACCAGGGGGAUGGAUGGAGGGGGGGAGGAGGGGGAUGGCGGGGAGUGA